CACAGACAGAAAGAGACAGAGAGAGAGAGAAACAGACACAGACAGAAAGAGACAGAGAGAGAGACAGAGAGACUCCUACAGAGGCGCUGCAGGUGAGAUGGAGGUACAGGUGUGUUUUGUGCUCUCAUUGGUUACUGUGUUGUUUGUGGUGGAGGCUCAGGUUCCUCACUGGGGCUCGUGUCCUGAACCCAGCACUCAGCCUGCCUUCAACCUCAAACAGUUUAUGGGUCGCUGGUUCGAGGUGGCUAAGCUCCCGGCACAGUUUGAGAAGGGCAGAUGCAUUGAGACGAACUUCACACUGAUGACCGACACGUCGGCUCGUGUACAGAGCUCCGAGAUCCUAAAAGGAGAAGUGAGAAGGAUCGAAGGAACAGCUGUUAUUGAAGACCAGAAGAACCCAGCAAAACUGAGCAUCAGCUUUUCAUACAUUCUUCCCUACACUCCGUACUGGAUCCUCUACACUGAUUACGUCCACUCAGCCGUGGUGUACUCCUGCACAGACAUUCUCAGGAUCUUCCACGUGGACUUUGCAUGGAUAUUGGGACGCAGCCGCACUCUGCCUGAGUCCACCAUCCAGUGCGCUAAAGAGAUCUUCAUGAAGAACUGCAUCGAUGUGAGCCGCAUGAUGGCCAGCUCACAGUCAGACUGCUACAGAACCACAUAGAACCGGGUGUGUUUCAGUCCACUGUAGUGCUCCAUCACUCAAUAUAAUCACUAGAGCACUUUGGUUCACUAUGUAAUGAUUUUACAUCCACACUGAGUGAGUCACGUCCUCAUCCUCACAUACUGACUGUGUGUGUGUUAUAAUUAAUAGUCACAUGACGCCUGCACUUUCUAACUCACUGAUCAUGUAUGAAAUAUAAAACACAAUAAAUUCCUCUA